GAUAACGAGCAGACGACAAAAAAAGAAAAAACACGGAGUAAAAUUUCUCUUUAUAAAAAUGAUGAAAUGGAGAAUUGCAAGAACGAAUCAUUCUAUUGAGUGUCUUAGAUCAUUCACCUUCUCCCACGGAUGAAAAUUGACAUAUCUGGAAAGAUCAUUGAAUACAUUUUACCAGAUAGACAUAUAAGGUAGAAAAAUAUUCACGUAAAAACAUUCGAUUUAAAAUGUUUUUUAGCUCAGAAGUGAAAUCAAGUUUAGAUUUGUUGGAUAGUAUCUUAGCGGAAUAUGAACAGGACGAUGAUAAAGUAGCAUCUUCAUUUACAUCUUGGAUAACAUCUGAUGAUAAUGAAACAGAAAAUCUUUCACACAGUUGGCAAUCGAAAAAGCCGGACAAAGUAAUAAAUUAUCGACAUUCUUUACCGAGUGACGUGUCACAAUUGAGGAAAAUUCCCCCUACGCCACCAAUACGAAGUCCUACUACUAGGUUAAGUUACAACGAUCCUUACGGAUAUGACUUUGUUUCUCGUCCUGUUCCCAUCUUUGUUGGUCACCGACCAAACAAAAGACCAACUUCCUUAAUCGAAAAACCAACAAUGAUUACAUUUGGACAUGUAGCAUCUCCGGUUCACUCCGAUAACCCGCCUGACCAUCCUGUAUUUGAAACGCACACCGAAUCAAUACCAUUCGAUUUUCGACAGUCUCUACAUUUCGACGUUUUUGGGAGUCAAAAAAAACAUUAUUCCGAUCCGCACGAAAAAUCGAAAUUCAUAAAUUUAGGAAAGAAACGGAAACCUAAAUGGAAAAAAACAUGAAAAAAUUAUUUAUGCAAAAUAAACUUAAAGAAAUCAAGUUUUGGAUAUGCUGGUUUCAAUUUAUAUUUUUGACCAACAGAUGGCGGGCUAUGUCCGAAGAAGGAACCCGAAAUUACCGAAUUAAUGCCAAUAACCGGGCAUUAAAAAUCGUUACAGUCUAGAAUAUAACCGAAUCGUUCAGCUUCUGUUAUUACGUUACGUAAAUAAUAAAAUUAGUCUGUAAUCUUUUAUCUAACGGAUACUGACGGUGAAUCGAUCGUCUCUAGCCUCAAUUUAAUGUGUAUUCUGGUUAAAGUGAAUGGAAAUCCUAAAUAUAAAUUCUAAAAAUAAAUGUUUUAAUGGAA